UCAAAGUCCACUGUUGUGGGCUGACUUGAGUGCUCUCAAAAUUCGUAAGUUGAAGCCCUGACCCCCAGGACCUCAGAACGUGACUGUGCUUGGACACAGGGACUUUCCGGAGGUGAUUAAGGUUAAGUGAGGUCAGUGGAUGGCCCUCCUCCUAUCUGACUGGUGUCCUGAUGGGGACACGGACACCCACACAGGAACGGACCCGGGGAGAACAACACAUCGUCUCUGCGCCAAGGAGAGAGGCGUCCGGGGAACCCAGCCCUGCCCACGCAUUUCUCUCCGCCUUCCGGCUCAGAAUUGUGAGGAAACCCGCUUCUGUUGUGCAAGUCCCCGGUCUGUGGUGCUCGGCCAUGGCGCCCGCAGAACUGCAUCCCCACCUUCUGCUCUGAGCCACCCAUCCCCUCUGGAAGGGCUGAGCUUCUCUCCCUUUCCACCUUCUGUUCUGAGCCACCCGUCCCCUCCAGAAGGGCUGAGCUUCUCUCUCUUUCACUGCCUAUGCUCUGGGAAACUUUCAGAAUCCCCAGGCUGUUUCUGGAAUAGUCUGGGAUGGUCAUUUUCGGUCCUCACAGAACCGGGGGUUUGGAAAGUAGGUGAAGCCAUAUGGGUUGCAGAGAAUCUGGCCCAGCCUCUCACUAGUCCCUGUGCUUGUUAUUUAUUCUUUAAUUACUUGGAUAUCAACUCUGAUUUAAAACAUCAAUUUAACAUACAGAUAAUGCUGGGACUGCAGCUUCGCCAGGUGGCCUUCCUCUCCCGGUCUCGGGAGGCGUCACGCCCAUCUUGUCUCCCCAAGGUCAAGCGAAAAGGGCCCAAGUCACAGCCAACUUCAGGGGAGCUGUGUUGGAUCCCUCCAAACUCCUGGAAUGAUGUGACCUCUCCGGAGCUCACCCUGGGCCUCCAGUCCCCUUCUCAGUGCACACUUGGAACUUCACCCCCUCCCUGCCAGCUGCCCCCACCGCCUUCCCCUGUCCUGAAGCCCCUGUCCCUACCAUCCGCCCCAGACACUUCCAUGCUCUUCUUGAGGGUGGGCUGUCUCCAGGUGCCGCUCAUUCCCCGGCCAGGCUGCUGUGCUCUCACUGAAGCUCAGGCAUCUCAUCCCCCGACACUGCAGGAGGUGAGGUCUGCACAAGGCCUCUGCUCCCCUGGGAAUAAGCCCAUGCGUUCCAUGGUGCCUCCUAAGCCCCUGAACUGGAGCCCACCCCAGUACUGGCGGGGGCCUGAUUGCUGGAGUGAAGGCUUCCUCCUUCCUGGCCACCCCAUUCCCCUCAUCUCUGGGACAGAAACCGACAAUAAACGCCUGCCCGAGACCUGGGGUGGAAAAACAGAGUGA